GUGAUACAAUAACAUCUAAUUGAUAUUUCUGUGUUAGUGAGAGCCAUGGCCAGAGAGACAAAGGCUCAAAGAACAGUUGGGGUUGGAGUUGAAGCCCUGUGGAAAGGCAUGACCAAGGAUUUAGUUUCUGUUAUGCCAAAGAUUAUGCCUGAUAUAGUGCAAAGUGUCGAAGUGGUUGAAGGAGAUGGUGGCCUUGGUUCUGUUCUGCUCUUCAAACUUGGCCGCGAUCCACUAUCGAAAAGACAGCAGACGGAGAAGAUUGUGGAACUAGAUGAGUCUCAGUAUCGAUUUGCACUGCAGGUGUUAGAAGGCCCAGCACUAACACUGCGUGAUUUUUCUUCAUUGACAACAACUUUUCAGCUGAGUGCUAUCAGUGAGAAGGAGACCCUGGUUGAUAUGAAGGUGGAAUAUGCAACUGAAAAAGAAGCAGCAGCUAAUAUGGGAGAGAUAGCAAUGCAGCCAGUUCUUUCUUUCGUUCAACUCCUGGAGAAACUCGUACUAGAAUCGUAGGAUGUGUUUCGACAUAUAUUGUUCUUGUACAAUAAGUGGUCAGAGAGUCCGGCGCUGGAAGAGUGGAAGACUCUGGAGGGGAGAGAGGAGAUGGUUAGGCCGGGGGGCCAGAGAGUUUCCUGGACUGCAGCUUUAUGGCCUUGGUGAGCUGGGUCGAUCUUCCGUUUCUACCUAUCUUCCGUUUCUACCUUUCAUUUUCUCUUCUUUUUUGGGUUGGUCUGUGUUGGCUUUAUGGAGGAGUGACGAUUUCUAGCCAACAAAGCUGGUCGGUUGAGUGGAAACGUACAUCAUUGGGUCUUAGGUGUUAUACUCAUCAUGACAAUGUG